GAUAAGUCAUCACUCAUUUAUUUCUCCAUCAAUUCAACAACCUCACUUUCUUAUUUCCCAAAAAACCUAUCUACAACUUAAUUUGUUCAGUGAUAACUAUUCAUCAAUCAAUCAACAUGAGUCGUGCAACAACAUUAAGCAAAGGCUGGAUGGUGGCUGCUAGUGUUGGAGCUGUUGAGGCUUUGAAAGAUCAAGCUGGUAUAUGCAGAUGGAACUAUGCUUUAAGACAAGCUCAUCAGCACCUUAAAAACCGUGUUAGAACUUUUUCUCAAACAAAGAAUUUCUCAUCUUCUUCACUUGUUGUUAGCAAAUUUAAAGAUGAGAAGAAGGCAAAACAGGCUGAGGAGUCUUUGAGGACUGUCAUGUACUUGAGCUGUUGGGGUCCCAAUUGAUUCAUUUCUAAAUUAUAUUAUUGUUAGAUUAUAUAGUUAUGAUAGAUUAGAUUAGAUUAAUUAUGUAAAGUUUGUAAUAUUAUUCAAUGAAGAAAGCUUCUUCUUCA